AUGCAUAAACAUUGGAGCCCAUGAUGCUUAGACUGUACUUCCAUGUUGAAUUUUUAACAAGUUUAUACUACUACGUUUAGCGCUUUAAAAAGUAAACACGACGUCGUUUAAGGGUAUUUCGUGGUCACUUAAUGGACACCUCGUCCAUCAUAACACAAGUAAAUCGUGAUGAAGAGCAGCUCAAUACAUUUCCUCCAUCGGAAAAAGGCUCGUCGACGGAGUCCAGCACCAGCUCACUAAAGAAGCCUCGUAACCGUAACAUUUUUAGUAACUUUUUAUGCUGCUUUGGAAACACAAAUAACAACAACACACAGACUACUAAUUGUCAAAUUCCUGUAGUGGAAGAAAAUGGAAACCCAAGGAGCCCUGCUGAAAAGUAUCUUCUUCCAGCUGUCCUGAAUAAGGACACAAAUAAAAAAUGUGCUGUGAUUGAUUUAGAUGAAACUCUUGUCCAUAGUUCAUUCAAGCCAAUCAGCAAUGCUGAUUUUAUAGUUCCAGUUGAAAUAGAGGGAACAGUGCACCAGGUUUAUGUUCUAAAGAGGCCUUAUGUUGAUGAAUUCUUGAAAAAAAUGGGCGAGAUGUUUGAGUGUGUAUUAUUCACUGCUAGUUUAGCUAAGUAUGCUGAUCCUGUCGCAGACUUGUUAGAUAAGUGGGGCGUCUUCAGGUCAAGGUUAUUCAGGGAGUCUUGUGUCUUUCAUCGAGGCAACUAUGUCAAAGACCUUAGUCGACUAGGACGUGAUUUGGCUCAAGUCAUCAUAAUAGACAAUUCGCCAGCUUCUUACAUCUUCCACCCAGACAAUGCUGUUGGAGUGCAGUCCUGGUUCGACGACAUGACCGACACAGAGUUACUGGACUUGUUACCAUUUUUUGAAGGAUUAUCAAAUGUGGACAAUGUUUAUCAAGUGCUAAAAAAUCAGAAUCGACGGAACUCUUCAUGAUGCCAGUCUGCGGUAGAGCCCAGGUCAAACUUCUCUUUGACAGAGACUAUAGUGCUUCACAGACACUGCUUCUGUCUGAUUUUGUGUGAUCCCAGAUAGGACUUGAAUCAAUGUUCAAGAGGUCUUGGAUUGUGUGGAAUCAGGUGGCUAUUGUUUGACCAUGCUUGUCUGAUGUUAUGCAACUGUGACUUAAAAUAGCAAACUAUAGAGGAAAAAUAUUUUUGUUUAACAAACGAGUGUUACAUACUGUAUAGUAAAAGAAUAUUUUUUGUUCCUUUUUGUACGUGCAACGAUCGCAUAAACCAAAAUUAAGAAUUAACUGAUUGUGUUGCAGUCUAAUAUUGUUAGGAUUCUUAUUUUUUAGAAAUUUUUUUAUUGUAAUUGAUUUUAAACAAUUUUUAAUAGGAAAUCUUUACAGUCUGUUGCAUCAUUAAUUUUUUUACGAACAGAUGUUUUAUUUUACAGAUAUUAGAAUUUUAUGUGAUUUUAGAGCAUUAUGGGUGAUAAAAAGGAAAUAGUGUACAAAUGACAACUCUUCAUCAUUACUAGGGGCUAGUUGAUUAGUAUGGUUAUGUGUGUAACCUUUUUACAGAGAGGCUUGUAAUAAACACAGCUGAUCUGGUGAGGUCAGUAUUUUAAUAGAUAGUAAGAAAUUCUAUCAAAUAUGGGAUUAUAGAGGGUGAUAAUUAGCAAUAUUACAGGGCAUUGAGGUAAAAAACAUGGUCUACCACAACAGAUGUUUAAAAAAAGAAACCUAUUCAGCAUUUAUGUCUUUUCUGAUGUGUGGUUGUGACAUUUAUAAUGAGCGGACUUUUUUUGUACCUCUCAAUUUGGAAUGUAUCACUACACGUCCAUUCAAUAGUUUUGACAUUGAACAUGUUGAAGAUUUUCUAAAAUGCUUUCUCUUCUGCUGACCCAAGCAGAUACAUUUUUUUUUUUUUUUUUUGUAAAUCAUGAUUGUAAAGACAAGAUGUAUUUGAUCAGAUUAAAUAUAAAUAAGAUUUUUUGGCAUAGAAAGAUACAUCUCAAUGGAUGAAUGUGAUUAAGUUUGGUCAAUGAUUUCAGUGCCUUACUUCAUCGUAGCGGUUUUUUAGUUUUUGCUUCAGAGUGUUAAUUAUUAGUGUUCUUUUAUUCAACAAAUUAGCUAGCAACAGGGCUCUUGUUGUGGCUUUUUAAAUGUUUAUCUCAAAGUUUUUUUGUUAAUAACAAAGAUUUCUAUCAAUUUUGUCAUAUUUUCUCAGGAUUUUUGAAGUGCCCAUUUGCAAAAUUUUAAUCACAUUCUAAUAUUAAUAUAGACAUCAAUAUGUUACCAAAAAUAAAUAUUUUUGAAUGCUAACCUAUCAGAAUGUAGGUGAACUAUAGCUUAGAAAAUACUUUUAUGUCCUAUUUCUGUUGUAGUGAAAUGUUAAGAAAUUCAAGUGAAUGAUUUUUGCAAUUUACUUGUAAAAUUGUUAACCCAAUUUUUUUUUACCUCUCUAGUAAGUUUAGAAGCUAUGACUGUAGAUAAAUAUGCACAAAUUGAUUAUCAGCACUGUUAAGCAUUAUUGUUAACUUUUUUUUCUCUUUGAUAGUUUUAAAUACCAUGUCCAGAUCUGGCAGCUAUAAAUGCUUUAAAGAUGGUUUCUGGAUUUCUUAUUUUCAUUCUUAUGUUAAUUAUUUGAAAUUCUGUUGAAGUUUCUCUUUUAUAAAACAAAAUACCUUCUUAGCAAGAUUGCCAGUAAAGUUUUGGAUUUACAGCCAUGUCCUGUGCUGUAUAUCCUGCUAGCUUUGUUUCUGCCAUCUGGGUAAAGGGCAUUUAGACAUUUUUAUUCUACAUUUUUCAGGUCAGGAAUUUUACAAAUCUGUGAUAUAAUUUUGUGUUUCUUGUUUAAAGCUGUUAAUUGGCGGUUCUUCCUUCUUUUUAUUCUUUCAGAUUUCUUGCACUUUUAAUGCAAGGAUUCUAAUUUUCUUGCCUCUUGAAUUGCUUUUAUUGAAGGAAGGGCAAUGACACUUUCAGCAGAAAUUUUAGUAACCUAGAUAUUUUAAAAGAAAGAGGGUAGUUAUAUAUUUUUUGUUUUGCUAGCUGAAGAUAGGGCUGAUUUUUUCACAUCGUUCAAACUAGAAGUCAUGUUAAAAGUGUUAGGAUUGAGUUUCUUUGUGUAGAAUUUCCCAUUUUCAGAAUAAAAUACACCUACCAUUAAUAGCUGUUUUAAAGAACAGUACAAUUCUGGACUUGCAACUCAUUUUAAAUCCAACUACAACUGAUAUUUUUUUUUUUACUUGAUUGCAACUUCCUUGUAUGCCCCCUCCCAGUUUCCAAACCUAAGCAAUGCCCUGCCCUCCCACCGACAGUUGUCCUAUUAAUUAAUGAGGGUUUAAGUAUUUUGAAGCCAAGUGUGCAUUCUUCAAUGUGUUAUGUUAUCUAUAAGAAGUAUCUAAAAAUGUCCUAAACAUAAAAAUAUUUAUCUACAGUGUAAAUAUGUAUGCGAGUGUUUGAUUAUAUAAUAUAUAUAUAUAUCUAUAUACAUGUAUUGAAGUUACUCUAUUUUCUUGUACAUACAGAAUGUCUCAUUUAUUCUGGUAGUAGUUUUUAUCAAACAGGCAUUUAAAAUUUCUUGUAUGCGAGUGCCUAAGUGAUGAAUAAUAUUCAGAAAGACUUGAAGAGUACCAUUUAUUUCUUUUCUAAGUCAUUUAAUGCAAAUUAAAAAUAAAAUUGUAUGCAUCAAUGAUAAUGUCAGCAUGUUUCAUGUAUUUUUUGAGAGGGGGAACAUGCCACCAUCCAGGAGCUAAAUCUGAUGAACAAGGACUGCUACACUCAAGUACCAUAGUAUGUUCACAAAGAGUUCAUACUGCAGUUAACACUAUUCCUAUUUUUAAAAAUGGACAGACAUUUCUUUGAAACAAGAAUCAUGGAAAAUAUUUCUGACUUUAUGAAUUGUGAUUUUUUUUUUUUUGUGCUUGUGAGAUUAUCAUUACUGCUUCUAUUACUGAUAGAGUAAGUAUACUGUGUUUUUGGACUUCUUGAUCUUGCACAGUUGUGAAUUUUUUUACUUGAAUCCAAUGUUAGAACAGAUAUAUAGGAAUGAUGAACAUGUAUUAAAAUGUUAAUUUUAAUUUUCAGCUCCUAAUUCAAUAGGCACACCUGUAUUGCAUUUGACUCGAUCACAGAACCAUCUAUUUCUAUACUGAUUAUUUUCUUAUUCUAGCACCUCUCUCUCUCUCUCUCUCUCUGAUUGAAUGUGUUAAUAUUCUUUGUUACCAUGUAAAUAGAAAAAUAAUUUUAGACUUUUAUACUGUAUUAUAUAAGUAAACUAACCCUCAGUGGUGUUGGGUCUAGUGUAUCCAAAUGAAUGAAACAACAGAAAAUGAAUAAAACACAUCUACUUUUA